UGUCAAACAACACCGACGCCAUUUUGAUUGUAGCCUUAAAAUGGCAGAAAAUGCAGAGCAGAGGCGGAGGUUCACUAAGGUUUUUGUGUUUAAACGUGAAGGGGAAACUUUGUUUUGUUGUUUCCACGCAGACUGAGCAUUGAGAGAGACUGAGCGAGACACAUGCGGGGAAAAUGGAUAUAACGACUGCGGUGUUUAACGCGGCGAGAGACGGGAAACUGAAACUUAUCCAGAAGUUGCUGAGCAACAAAACUCCGGAGGAGUUAGAGGCGCUCGCUGAGGAGAAGACGCAGGGGGGCACGCCGCUCCUGGUCGCCUCCCGGUACGGACACUUGGAGGUGGUGAAUUAUUUACUUGAAUAUUGUAAGGCGAACGUAGAGCUCGGGGGUUCGGUUAAUUUUGAUGGCGAGACGAUUGAAGGAGCUCCUCCGCUCUGGGCGGCUUCUGCCGCGGGGCAUUUGCCGGUUGUGAAAACUCUCUUAAAACACGGCGCCUCGGUUAAUAACACAACCCUCACCAACUCCACUCCCCUGAGGGCUGCCUGCUUCGAUGGACACCUGGAAAUCGUGCGGUAUCUCGUCGAACAUCACGCCGACAUGGAGGUCGCGAACCGCCACGGACACACAUGCCUGAUGAUCUCCUGCUAUAAAGGGCACCGAGAAAUCGCCAAGUUUCUGCUGGAGCGCGGCGCUGACGUGAACCGCAAGAGCGUGAAAGGCAACACUGCGCUGCAUGACUGCGCCGAGUCUGGAAGUCUGGACAUCAUGAAGAUGCUGCUUAAGUGCAAAGCUAGGAUGGAGAAAGACGGAUACGGUAUGACCCCACUGCUGGCCGCCAGCGUUACCGGUCACACCAACAUCGUAGAGUACCUCGUGCACCAGCCCAGAGCUUCGAGAGAGGAGUGCAUCGAUGCCCUGGAGCUCCUGGGCGCAACUUACGUAGACAAGAAGCGCGAUCUGCUGGGCGCCAUGCGCUACUGGCGACGAGCAAUGGAGCUCCGACAAGCAGGAGAUAGAACGGGCUUCCUGGCCAAGCCACCCCCUGGCCCACCCGUUCCAGCGUACGACUGCGCCCGAGAGGUGAACACGGCGGAGGAGCUGGAGGCCCUGAUCACCGACCCGGAUGAAAUGCGGAUGCAGGCACUCCUGGUCCGAGAGCGCAUCCUGGGCCCUUCACACCCAGACACAUCUUACUACAUUCGCUACAGGGGUGCUGUCUACGCUGACUCGGGAGACUUUGAGCGCUGUGUCAGUCUGUGGAAAUAUGCACUAGACAUGCAGCAGAGCAACCUGGACCCACUGAGCCCCAUGACAGCCAGCAGCUUUUUGUCAUUCGCCGAGCUUUUCAGUUUUGUCCUCCAAGACCGUGCGAAAGGUGCGCCAGCUGCCCGCGUUGCCUUCCAUGACCUGAUGGGCGUCCUGGCCAAGGGCGUGCGUGAGGUGGAGCGGGCCGUGGCACAGCGGGAUAAUCAGCCUGAUGCGGCGCAGUUCACUAAAGCCCUUUCCAUCAUCCUCCACCUCAUAUUCUUGCUGGAGAAGCUGGAGUGCAGUUCGGCACAGGAGCACCAGAAGAAGCAGAGCGUGUACCGGCUACUCAAGCUGAACCCGAGGGGCCGGAAUGGCUUCACGCCCCUGCACAUGGCUGUGGAUAAGGACACGACGGCGGUGGGCCGUUACCCAGUGGGGCGUUUCCCAUCUCUGCCCGUGGCUGCGCUGCUGCUGGAGUGUGGCGCUGACGUAGACUCGCGUGACUCGGACAACAACACGCCGCUUCACGUGGCAGCCCGGAAUGGCUGCCCCAAACUGAUGACGCUGCUGGUGCACUCUGGAGCACACUUUGACGCAACCAAUGCACAACGCAAGAUGCCUUACGAGCUGCUGGAGGAGGCGGGCGGAGCAAGGCAUGCACUGCACCCUCUCAGCCAUGUCACGCUGCAAUGCCUGGCUGCCCGGGCUGUCGAGAGACACAGAGUCCCCUACAAGGGGCUCGUCUCAGAGGAAAUGGAGGCCUUCAUCGAGCUCCACUGAUCUUACCUCAAAAUCCUAAUUUGACUCCAGGUUCAGAUCACGUCCUCUGUUUCUGAACAACCUCCUGAACCUGUCUUUGUCUCUUCUCUCCCUCCUCUUGUCUCUACAUCAGGUCUCACCUGUUUCUGAGGACCGUCUUGAUGAAAUGGAGGCCUUCAUCAUGUUGCACUGGCAUUAACUCACCAUCCUCCCUGUCUUCCUGCUCCAUCUGACCUUUGUCCCUCUCUUUAUCAAGCAGACUAAAUCUUAAGCCUCCUCACCACUUCCUCAGGCAUCAUCUGAAUCACAGCAAUAAUCACAAACAGGGAAAGAUUUGUACUUUCAGCCAUGUGUGCUCAUUUAUAUACAUCUUCUCUUUUUCUCUCUGCCUUGUAAGGGCUUGUUGAAGAAAAAAAAUUACAAGAACUCAGACUCUUUGAUGCUCUAGAAUACUGUUUGAGGGGGAAAGCGGACUUUGCGUUUGAUUCAGGCUUUAUUUGUAAUCUGCCUCUUUUUCUCUUUUCUGCCUUUUUUUUCCUUUACGUUCCCUUAUAUUCCUCUGCGAGCAGGAAAUGAACAAUUUUUGCCUGUUUGUAUUUGUGUAUAAAGUUUAAAUGGUGACAGGGUGGAUUAAGGCAAGGUUGAAAAUCCGCAUUAUACUUAGCAGCGAUGCACUUCGCUGACUGACUGGCUGUAUGUGUGUAAGAGAAUGAAGUGUUAGUUUAGUCAGUUUUUGCAUGCUCAUUUUGUAAUGCAAGAACAAAACUCACAUCAGUAUUGGUAAUCAGACAUUUUGAUCUGAUGAUUUUCUUUCAUCAAAUCUCAUAUACUAUGAUGUGGUUUUAUUUAACUUCCCCAUGAUGUAAUAUCAAAGACGUAGGCCUGUAGGCUGAUGCCUCUUGUGCCAGUUAUUAGCCUCCAGUGUUCUUUCGAUUUGAUGCAUUUUGCUUCUAAAGCACUAAGUACAAUUUUUUAUUUUUUUUUUCUUGUUUGUUCUUUAAUUGUCAGAACAAGCAGUACUAAUGUGGCUAGCAAUGAAUGAAAGCCACUGUUGCUGUGCUGAUGAGGUCAUGCUAGCUGUGGACAUUAACAUCCGUUUAUUCUUAUCCACAUCGGCGUGCUUUGGUUGAAUUACCCCUUGUAUAAGCGUAGCUAAGUGGGUGAUGGCGGACUCAUGGAACAUCUGCGGUAUGCUUUGCACUUCAUUAACCACACGAGAGCAGGAGAGAAAUUGGCCUCUGUGGCUUCUCCCUUCUUUGUACAAUUAUUCUAACAUUUAGGACUUGGCACUUUACCCAGUAUGAGACGUCUGGGGUAACCAUUGAUAUCUAUGCAGUUUUAUCAGCAAAGGUGGAUUUACAUCAACGGAUCUGGCAACCCGGGUCCGUUCAAAGUAGGACAGCCGACUCAACAUGUAUGACUCUUCUUGCAGUCUUAUUUCUGAUUGUCCUUUCUUUUUAUGUCAACAUGCUGGUUUCACUGUAAAUCCUACUCUAAUGAAAGCACUUUGAAACAUGCUAACACUACUUAGCCUCUAAAGAAGCAAAGAUCCUGUCUCAGUGAUUUGUGACAGGUGUGAUUAAUUUAAGACAGUUCAAAUGGGUUUGGAGAUGCCUGAAUAAAAUUCAAGUAUCACA